AGACCCACUCCGCCCGCCACCAUCGUCUUCCCCGAUCUCCCAGAUCCACCAUCACCAACCCCGCACCACACGAGCUCCGCCACUCCCCCCAAACUAAACCCCCGUCCCGCCCCGCGCGCGGAUGAAACCCUAGCCCAGAUCCCCCCACCCCGCCGCCCAUGGCCGCCGCCGCGUCGACGAUGCUGGACUCCCUCCCGGCACCGCUGCUGCGGGCGCUGCGGCUCAAGACGAAGCAGCAGGAGCUGCUCCUCCGCGUGUCCGCGCUGGCGCUCAUCUACGUGCUCGCCUUCGCCGUGCGCCUCUUCUCCGUGCUCCGCUACGAGUCCAUGAUCCACGAGUUCGACCCCUACUUCAACUACCGCACCACGCUCUACCUCACGGAGCACGGCUACUCCGAGUUCUGGAACUGGUUCGACCACGAGAGCUGGUACCCGCUGGGACGCGUCGUCGGGGGCACGCUCUUCCCCGGGCUGAUGGUCACCGCCGCCCUGCUCCACCGCCUCCUCCGCGCGCUCUCCCUCGCCGUCCACAUCCGGGAGGUCUGCGUCCUCACCGCCCCCUUCUUCGCCGCCAACACCACGCUCGUCGCAUACGCCUUCGGCCGCGAGAUCUGGGACUCCGGGGCCGGCCUCGUCGCCGCCGCGCUCAUCGCCGUCUGCCCCGGAUACAUCUCCCGCUCCGUCGCCGGGUCCUACGACAACGAGGGCGUCGCCAUCUUCGCGCUGCUGCUCACCUUCUACCUCUUCGUCCGCGCCGUCAACACCGGGUCCCUCGCGUGGUCGCUCGCCGCCGCGUUCGGCUACUUCUACAUGGUCUCCGCCUGGGGAGGCUACGUCUUCAUCAUCAACCUCCUCCCGCUCUACGUCCUCGUACUGCUCGUCACCGGGAGGUACUCGCAGAGGCUCUAUGUCGCCUACAACUGCACCUAUGUGCUGGGAAUGCUGCUUGGGAUGCAGAUCCGCUUCGUUGGCUUCCAGCAUGUUCAGUCUGGGGAACACAUGGCCGCCAUGGGAGUCUUCUUCCUGUUGCAGGUUUUCUUCUUCCUGGAUUGGGUGAAAUACAUGCUGAAUGAUGUUAAACUAUUCAAGUCAUUCUUGAGAAUUACCCUGACCUGUGUGAUAAGUGUCGGCACCCUGGCUCUUGGGAUUGGUACUGCGUCAGGUUACAUCUCCCCUUGGACAGGGCGGUUUUAUUCCCUGCUUGAUCCGACCUAUGCGAAAGACCAUAUACCAAUCAUCGCAUCUGUUUCUGAGCAUCAGCCAACAGCCUGGUCUUCUUUUAUGUUUGAUUUCCACAUCCUUCUUUUCCUAUUCCCAGCGGGCCUCUAUUUCUGCUUCAAGCGCCUGUCAGAUGCCACAAUAUUUAUAGUUAUGUAUGGCCUCACAAGUAUGUACUUUGCUGGUGUGAUGGUGAGGUUGAUUCUUGUUGCAGCACCUGCUGUUUGCCUUAUUAGUGCCAUUGCUGUAUCUGCUACAAUAAAGAAUCUGACAACAUUGAUCCGGUCAAAAAGCAAAAGUCCACAGACUACAGGAAAAACAACAGGCUCGAAGGCAGCUGCAAAGGGAGCAGUUGAUCAACCCUUGCCUUUCCAACAUAACGUGGCUGUUGCUUUACUUCUGGGCGCUUUCUACUUGCUCAGUAGAUAUGCCAUACACUGCACUUGGGUAACCUCUGAGGCUUACUCUUCUCCUUCCAUCGUUCUGUCCGCAAGGGGUCACAAUGGAGGAAGGGUUAUAUUCGAUGAUUAUCGUGAGGCAUACUACUGGCUUCGUCAGAACACUCCUACUGAUGCCAAGAUUAUGUCAUGGUGGGACUAUGGGUACCAAAUUACAGCCAUGGGUAACAGAACUGUUAUUGUUGAUAAUAACACGUGGAAUAAUACACACAUAGCAACUGUUGGACGGGCAAUGUCAUCAUAUGAAGACGAGGCAUAUGAAAUAAUGCAGUCAUUGGAUGUGAAUUAUGUGCUUGUCGUAUUUGGAGGUGUUACAGGGUACUCCUCUGACGACAUCAAUAAGUUCUUAUGGAUGGUGCGUAUUGGUGGAGGAGUUUUUCCUGUAAUCAAAGAGCCUGAUUACCUUGUCAAUGGGGAAUAUCGUGUUGACAAGGGGGCAUCGCCAAAAAUGUUGAACUGUCUAAUGUACAAGCUCUGUUAUUAUCGAUUUGGAGAACUGACCACGGAAUAUGGAAAACCUCCAGGAUACGAUAGAGUGCGAGGAGUGGAGAUAGGCAACAAAGACAUAAAGCUUGAGUACUUGGAGGAGGCAUUCACUACAUCAAACUGGAUAGUGCGCAUAUACAAGGUGAAACCUCCAAAAAAUAGAUCCUAAGGUUUCGUCCCAGGAGGGAAGUGGCAAGCGAGAUGGUUUGGGGUGAUUGCUUUGACAUUUAUCUCAUGAGGAGGGUGCCUAGACAUGAACUUUUUUGUUUUCGUAAGACUAACAGUAACCCAUACUGUUGUUUCAAAGCUGAGGACAUGUAGUUGUGAUAGCUGGUCACUCAUUUUUGUUUGAGCAUACUGUGAUGGAAUUCUCGGAAACUUUUGGGUAGCAAGUAAUUUUAGAUCAAUAUGCCAGUUGAAAUUCACCGGUGUUGGGUGUAGAAGAAAAGAAAUUGUUGGUUGCUGUGACUGCUUGUUUGUUUUUGGGGGCGUUAGCGUGCUAGACAACCGUUUGAUCUUGCGCCGCGUCAGCCGCAGCCUUUGCAAUAAGGACUGUUGUGAUCUAGAGUUUUUCUGUUUUCGUAUUGUGUGAUGGGAGACUAAUAAAAGUUUAGAAAAUAAACUUCUUUUUUCUAUUUUUCCUACCAUGUGAUGGGGCAAUUCAGAACUUGAGCGCAUGCACUCUGGGUGUUGAAAACUGGAGUGUACGAACCCGGGGGUUUCGAAUGUAGAAGGCGAGAUGGCGUACUAUAACUCCAUUUAGAUAUUAGGAAGAUUUUGACUAACGUAGCCGUGGGUCCUAUAAGAAAACCCGACAAUUUUUAGAGACGAUUUAGUACUCCCUCCGUUUUUAUUUACUCCGCAUAUUAGAUUUGGUCAAAGUCAAACUUUAUAAACUUUGACAAAGUUUGUAGACAAAAAUAUUAACAUAUACAAUAAGAAAUCAACACCAUUAGAUUCAUUAUCAAAUGUACUUCCACAUAGUAUAAAUUUGUUAUGGUAAAUAUUUAUAUUUUCUUCUAUAAACUUGGUCAAACUUUAGGAAGUUUGACUUCAGUCAACUCUAAUAUGCGAAGUAAAUAAAAACGAAGG